AUGAGUUUCCAGCAUUUUCGCCUGCAACCACUAGCACCACAGCCGCAGCCAGUCGGUGUCAACGUUGCCAACAUCCCUGCUGGCCCGUCCUCCCUCGUGCAGACAUUCGGAGCCCGCCCCGACGAAACGAACCUCCAGGCACAAGCAGAUCUACAAAAGAAGGGGCCAUACGGUUCCGGCGAUGCUGAUGAUGGGUACACUCUCCGGUUUGAGUCGAUGGCAGCGUUUCAAGAAUGGCGGGCUCACGAGGAGGAGGAGAAGAUGAUCGAAUUUGUGAAGGGUGACACGCACGGUUCCAAGGCUGUCCCACCCCGCUUCAAGGACCACACAAAGCUUGUGUGUGCGCGUCAUUCGCGGAGCGGGAGGAAGAAGUAUGUGAAGAAGUUCCCGGACAGAGUGAGGAAGGUGCCGAGUCGUAAGCUUGACGGAGUAGGAUGUCCUGCUUCGAUCAGCUUUAAAACAUACUUCGAUACGGAGGAGAUCCGUGCAUGCUAUGUUUCGGAGCACUCUCAUGAGAUCGGACUAGGCAACUUUCCAUUCACUAAGCGUGGACGGAAGGCACAAGCAGAGCAAAACGCGCACACCACGAGGGCGCGCAACGGUACCGCUGAUGACAGCAACGCAUCUUCUACCAGCCCUAUGUCUGCUAUCUCCCCUGGUACCGCCACCGCUAUUGCGGGCCCCUUAUCCGCCCCCUCUCAAUCACAAUUACCAUUGCGACCACCAGCGCAAGGCGCACCGCAGACAUUCCAGUCCGCUAUCUCUAUGCUCGCCCCGCUUCCUCAAGUCCAACCUUUACAGGCAUCGAUGGACUUGUCGCAGGAUCGAUGGGACCGUAUGAGUGUGCUUUUUGGAAGCAUCAGGGAGCACGCACGGACGUUUGAAUAUCCCUCUCCAUCCAUAGCAGCUCUGGAGAGCGUGCUCAUCCGCUUAUACCUCGAGAGUCCUGUUGUUGGGAUGGCUUCGGCGGGUCCGUUGGAUGGGAUGGAUGGCAUUGCAGUGAAUGGGAACUCUAUACAUCGCCGGAACCACAAGGAGCGCUCCCAGCUCUCCCACCGUGCCCGGUUCGGUAUCCUCGAGAAGCACAAGGACUAUGUCUUGCGGGCUCGCGACUAUCACUCCAAGCAGGAUAGGCUCAACCUGCUCAAGAGAAAGGCGGCGGACAGGAAUAAGGAUGAGUUCUACUUUGCUAUGACUCGGCAGAAGACCGACCGCGGUGUGCACGUCCAGGAGAGGGGAAAUCAAGUACUCCCGGUCGACAUUGUGAAGGUGCUCAAAACCCAAGAUGAGAAUUACCUCCGUACCAUGAGGACGGCCGGGCUUAAGAAAAUAGACAAGUUGAAAAGCCAGCUGAGUGUUUUGGCAGAAUUGAUCAAGUCGAAUGCAUCUGGUAGCGAUGACCAGUUGAGUGGAGAAGAGAUGGACGUCCUGAGGGAAGCAGGUAUCAUUGCUGCGCCCUCCACUAGGCGGCAACGAAAGUCUCGCAGCGGCACGGCGAAUCACGUCGUUUUUGCAGAAGAUGAAGCAGAAGCGCGUCAAUACGCGGAUGCAAGCAGACAAGCAUCCCUCCCCCAGGAUAAUAAUGCUACGGACGAGACCCAAAAAGAUGUGGUGGAUCUAGGGUGGAAAAUACCGGAGGUAACAAAUAAGUCUAAGAAGCCACGGUCAAAGUCGUCUUCGGAAGAUAAUGCGCUCAGUGGCGAGGUGGAUGAGAAAGAAAGACAAGAAGCGGCUAACCUCGACUGGUUCGAGACAGGCAGCUACGCUACGCGGAGAGGGAGUUAG